GAUCUUCUCACUCCUCAACCCGUCAGAGAUGGCCAAAGGCUUUUAUAUCAGCAAGACUCUGGGGGUAGUAGGUAUAGUGCUGGGGGCAGGAGCUGUGGCCACCAUCAUUGCCUUGUCGGUCGUCUACGCUCAAGAGAAAUCCAAGAACGUUGAAGUCGAGCCGGUGACCACCACGGUCAAGCCCCCUCCCAUCGUUCCAACCUCACCUGCUCCACCCAAUGAUCCAUGGCACAGGUACCGGCUGCCUGACUCCCUGAUGCCCGACACCUACAACGUGACCCUGUGGCCCCAUCUUGAGCCAGACGCACAGGGCAUGUACAUGUUUACGGGGGAUUCCAGCGUGAUCUUCAGAUGUGUGAAGGAAACGGACCUGAUCCUCAUUCACUCCAACAAGCUGGAGCUGACCUUGUUCGAUGGGUUCCUUGCAAAGCUGCUCGCGGUGGAUGGGUCAGCUCCUCCAGCCAUUACGAAGACCUGGCUGCAGGAACAGACCCAGUAUCUUGUGGUUCAGCUGAAUGGAAAACUAACAGCGGGAAAGUCCUAUGAGCUGCAGACUCAAUUCAGAGGAGAGCUGGCUGAUGACCUUGGAGGCUUCUACAGAAGUGAAUAUGUUGAGGAUGGAGUGAAGAAAGUUGUCGCCACGACUCAAAUGCAGCCGACGGACGCCCGAAAGGCCUUCCCGUGUUUCGACGAGCCCGCGAUGAAAGCCGUCUUCCACAUCACUCUCAUCCACCGGCCUGGCACCGUGGCUCUUUCCAACGGAAAGGACGUUGCCUCAGUAAACACCACUAUCAAUGGCACCGCGGUCACCCGGACCACAUUUGAACCAACCAAGAAAAUGUCCACGUACCUGCUGGCAUUUAUUGUCAGUGAGUUUAACUUUAUCCAGGCAACGGAGGACAAUGUUAUGAUUCGAAUCUGGGCUCGUAGAACAGCCAUUGUCGAAGGCCAGGGGGAAUAUGCCCUCAAUAAGACCGGACCGAUCCUGAAGUUCUUUGAAUCAUACUACAAUUCCACCUACCCACUGUCUAAAUCAGACCAGAUCGCUCUACCCGACUUCAACGCCGGGGCCAUGGAGAACUGGGGUCUCAUCACUUACAGGGAGACGGCGCUUCUGUACGACCCGAAGAUGUCCUCCAACGGGAACCAGGAGAGGAUCGCGACCAUCAUCGCGCACGAGCUGGCUCACAUGUGGUUCGGGAACCUGGUGACGCUCAAGUGGUGGAACGACCUGUGGCUGAACGAAGGGUUCGCCUCCUACGUCGAGUAUCUCGGUGCGGACCACGCGGAACCCACGUGGGGCUUGAAAGAGCUGAUCGUCCUGAACGACGUGCACAGGGUGUUCGCCAUCGACGCCCUGACCUCCUCCCACCCUCUCUCCUCCAAAGAGGAGGAGAUCAACAAGCCAGAGCAAAUCAGCGAGCUGUUUGACGCCAUUUCCUACAGUAAGGGAGCAUCGGUACUGAGGAUGCUUUCAGAGUUCCUCACGGAGGCCGUCUUCGCCAAAGGACUCAGCUCAUACCUGAAUCAAUUUGCAUUCAGUAACACGGUGUACACAGAUCUCUGGGAUCAUCUUCAAAUGGCGGUGGUAGAGACCAACACGCCCCUGCCCCACACUGUGCAUGAAAUCAUGAACCGCUGGGUUCUGCAAAUGGGCUUCCCUGUGGUCACAAUCAACACUGCGACCGGGGAGGUAUCCCAGCAGCACUUCCUCCUGGACCCCGAGUCGGUUCCGGACAGGCCGUCUGAGUACAAUUAUGAGUGGUUCGUCCCCAUAAAGUGGAUGAAGACAGAAGUGGACCAAGGACAGUACUGGCUGCUGAAAAAAUCAGACACGAACAAAAACAUGACUCUGACUGCAGAAGGCUGGGUGCUAGCCAACCUCAAUGUCACCGGGUACUACAGGGUUAACUACGACCUUGAGAACUGGAACCGCCUCCUCAUUCAGCUGAACACCAAUCACCAGGUCAUUCCAGCCAUCAACAGGGCCCAGCUUGUGGAUGAUGCUUUUAACCUUGCAAGGGCAAAUAAAACCAGCACGACGUUGGCUCUGAGCACGACCAGGUACCUUUCCAGCGAAACAGAAUACAUGCCAUGGGAAUCGGCUCUUGACAACCUGGACUACUUCACCCUCAUGUUUGAUCGCACUGAGGUCUAUGGACCAAUGCAGGCUUACCUCAAGACUAAAGUUGGACCUCUUUUUGAAUACUUCAAACAAAUUACUUCCAACUGGACCAAAGUACCUGAGGGUCACACUGACCAGUAUAACCAGAUCAAUGCCAUCAGGAUGGCCUGUAGGACUGGGGUGGAAGGCUGUGAGGAGUUGACCACAGGAUGGUUCAACGAGUGGAUGAUGAACCCAGACAUUAACCCGAUCCACCCCAACCUGAGGACGACGGUUUACUGCAGCGCCAUCGCUGCCGGGGGCGUGGCCGAGUGGGACUUUGGCUGGGAGAUGUUCUUGAACGCCUCCAUGGCCUCCGAGGCAGAGAAGCUGAGGUCCGCUCUGGCCUGCACCAAAGAGCCCUGGCUGCUCAACAGGUACCUGGAGUACACCCUGGACCCAACUAAAAUUAGGAAGCAGGACGCCACCUCUACCAUCGUGUACAUCGCCAGCAAUGUGGUGGGCCAGCCUCUGGCCUGGGACUUUGUCAGAGCGAAAUGGGACUACAUAUUCACAGAGUAUGGCGGAGGGUCUUUCUCCUUCUCAAACCUUAUUAACGGAGUGACUAAGAGGUUCUCAACAGAAUUUGAGCUCAAACAGCUGGAGCAGUUCAAGGCAGACAAUGCUGAGGCUGGGUUUGGGUCAGGCACACUGGCCGUGGAUCAGUCCAUCGAGAGAACAAAAGCCAACAUAAAAUGGUUGGCAGCCAAUCAGAAGACAGUAAUGGAGUGGUUCGAAAAUGAAUUAAAACCAUGAAUUAACAACCUCAGGGAAUAAAAAUAUGCAGGAGAAAAUUUAUUUUGUAAAGUAUUUCUGGAAUAAUUUUCUUUUGGGUAGGCCACCUUGUUUUCUCCUAUUUGUGUCUAUUUAUUAUACCACAUUUCCCACAAUCCACUUACCUUGUGGCGGUGAUCCUUCUAAUUGGAUGUAUUAGUACAAGUGCCUCUCGCUUCCAGUCUUUUUGGGUCCAUUCACAUUAAAGGCCAAAAAAUAAAAAUAAAUACAAUACCAA